CGGCCAAAGUAUAUUAUAUCGGCGCACAGGUCUACUUCAACACUUGUCGAAUUGCAACUGAUAACAACGAGUAUCUUGAUUACGUAGUUCAGUUUUGCCGGUUUUUUGUGUCAAAGAGACUAUAUCUAAAUUAUCGUCAAAAUAAAGAGCUUCACAGCAACGCCAGUCAGAAUUUGGAUUUCGCUACGAGAAAUGGUUCAAUUAAAUGAUCUUGAGCGGCAGGUCGAUGAAAUCAUCAUCAACGUACCGUGGGGUCAUAUUGCCGGGAAAUGGUGGGGUUCGAAAUCGUGUCGGCCGAUUAUUCUACUUCAUGGUUGGCAGGACAAUGCUGGCUCAUUUGAUCCGCUUGUUGUCGAGUUACCGAAUCACAUCAGUUACCUGGCAAUCGAUUUACCGGGUCAUGGACUAUCGUCUCGAAUACCUGAUGGAAUGAUGUACUCAAUGGAAACACACUACCUUGCUCUGCUGUUAGUGUUGGAACAUUUCAAAUGGGACAAAGUGUCGUUGAUGAGUCAUUCGCUGGGAUCAGUGGUGGCAUUUUAUUUUGCGGCGAAUUUUCCCGACAAAUGCGAUCUUCUCAUUGGACUCGACGGAUUGAAGCCAAUUAACAUAAAUUACGACAUUUUGAAUCGAUAUUUUUCUUUCGGUGUGCUACAAGCCAUCAAAGCCGACAUUCGUAAUCGAGACGACAGUGAGCCACCAUCGUACACAUUCGACGAACUGUUGGAUAAAGUGAAAGCGGGCGUUUUCAUGGAAAUUAGCAGGGAAGCUGCACCGUAUCUUCUUAAACGCGCAGUAAAACCGUCACAGCUCUAUCCGAACAAAUUUUAUUUCACUCGAGACGAUCGAUUGAGAGCAUCCACCGUGCCAAUGCAGUCACACGAAGCGACUGUGAAAUUUGCCAAAAAUAUCACUUCUCCCUACUGUUUUAUAGAGGCAUCGGAGAGUGCUGCCAUGUUGGGGGCAUUCGAAGAUCCAAAGUAUUACGACGAGAUUAUGGAAAUUAUGCAUGAAAAUCCGAAUUUCGAAAAGCAUCGGGUCAUUGGUGGUCAUCACGUUCAUUUGAAUGAGUGCAAUAAGGUCAGUGGAAUUAUUUCGUCCUUCAUCAAUAAAUACCGACCACCAAGUGUGUUGAGUAAAUUGUAACAAAUGUAAACAUGAGCCAGAAAUGAA